CGCUGUGAAUUUCCUCGGCUAAAUGCUGUUCCAUUGAGAAGACGAAAAUGCAAAGUGACACGAGAAGAGUGUGACGUAAUUUGUCCUCAGUCCAACUGUACAAUGAUGCUGCUUGCUUCCCGCGGUAGGCUGCUGGCUUCAUGUUUGUUUCUUAUUGUAUCUUCUCCGACUUGGGCAAACCCGUCUUUGCAAGGAGCCAGAAGUGUCCCACAGACGCUUGAUAUUCUCAUCAAUGGAGACCAUGACGAUAUGGACACGGACAAAGUCCAAAAGGAGAAAAACUUAGCGCGAGCCAGGGGACAAGUUUGUGAUUUUCAUUUCACCGUGGCUACGGAAAAUGUCGAGCGUUUGUGCACGGACCCGAAGUUGAUUAACCGCGUUGAAGAAUUAGAGGUGAAACUCGAGCAUCUCCGACCGGAGGCACGAUCGUCACCUUCGGUAAAACCCGUGGUAGCAGGAAAUACCUCUGCCGAAGUCAGUGCGCUGAAAGAGCGCAUGGCGAAAUUGGAGACGGAGUUGCGAGAGCUUCAAAAGCGAGCUUUAGAUUCAGUGGCAGCUUUAGAGGAAAAAGAGUUUACAAACGUUCCCAAUGCGACAGAAGAUGAACUCGAAGUUUUGUCGGCAAAGCUACCAAGAGGAAUACAAUUGAGCAACCGGUGUUCGCCUGAGCCACGGAUCAUACGGGCGGGUGGAGGUGUUGAUGAAUGGGGUGUGGGGUACCGUGUGUGACGACGACUGGGACCUGCGUCACGCUAACGUCGUGUGUCGCGAGCUGGGUUACAGUGGUGCCAGGAGGGCCACGAAAAAGGGCCACUUCGGACGAGGACAAGGCCCCGUGUGGUUGGAUGACGUCAGAUGUACCGGCGCGGAAAGCAGCCUGUUCAGCUGUGGUCGAGCGUCCAGUCAGGUCAAUGAUUGUGGCCAUAAUGAGGACGCCGGUGCCGUCUGCACAGGUUUGCCGAUUCGGCUGACGAACACGUACUCAGGUCGCCUGGAGGUGUACCGAGGCGGGAAGUGGGGGACCGUGUGCGAGGAACGCUGGGAUAUUCUGGAAGCCCGGGUGAUCUGCCGACAAAUGGGAUACGCCUCAGCCAUACGGGUGUUCAGGGCUCGGGACACCAGCCCCGGGGGAGGCCCUAUCCACAUGACACAGGUCAACUGUACCGGAAAUGAGGCCGACUUCUUUAGCUGUCCCUUUAAUGUCCCGGACAAGAGGACAUGCACGCACGCCAUGGACGUCGGCCUGGAAUGUGGAACAGCGCAUUGUUCUGAUUGUUGAUACCAUAUACAUGUAUAUAUGGAGAGCAAAUUCGUUACAGAUUCAAGAAUGGAACACAGUGGUGCCUAACUUUGCCCACUUAUUUGAAAAAUAUCAAUAACCAAAAGAUGCCCUAUGGACUUCAUAUUAUUCGUGAAUAUUUACAAAUUAAAUUCUAUCAUUUCGUUAUCCCGAACGAGACGGUAUCCACACAAGAAAUGGAACUAGUUUCACAAAGCGAUUUCGAGCUCUUAAACUCUUAAAUAUAUGCAUUAAAUCAAUAAAAUUUUGACCGCUAAUUCUUAGUUCGAGAUUGUCCUGACGUUAGCUUUGGCAAAAUUUUGUUCGACCUUGGAUGGCCACAAACCAACAUCAGAGCGCGCUCCAUUUAAAAACCUGAUGCAAUUGGCGUGGCCGUUUGUCAAGGCCUUUGAGACAAAAAUUAAUUUCCUAGGUCGCAUGGACCCGAGAUUCCAUAGUGAUCCUCAAAGCGAAUGGCUGUUCCGACAGUCUCGACAAACCUAACAUCAGAGCAAUCUCGGACUAGCUAAUUAUGUGUCCGGUGGUACAAUUUCAGCCAAGUUUGAACUUGUAGCUUUUUGUUUUGCGUGAAGAUCGAAGUUUUGGUCUUCAGCCCAUAACGCCUGUGUGAGACAGACCCACGGACAUGGACUUGGAAUGUGGAACAAAAUAUUGUUCUAAUUGCUGGUGGAAGUGGAAUGUGGAACAAAGCAUUGUUCUAAUUGCUGGUGUAAGUGGAAUGUGGAACAAAGCAUUGUUCUAAUUGCUGGUGUAAGUGAAAUGUGGAACAAUGCAUUGUUUCGAUUGCUGGUGAGAGUGGACUUGGAAUGUGGAACAAAGCAUUGUUCCUAUUACUGGUGAAAGUGAACUUGGAAUGUGGAACAAAGUAAUGUUAUGAUUACUGAUGAAAGUGGACUUGGAAUGUGGAACAAUGCAUUGUUCCGAUUACUGAUGAAAGUCGACUUGGAAUGUGGAACAAUGCAUUGUUCCGAUUACUGGUGAAAGUCGACUUGGAAUGUGGAACAAUGCAUUGUUCCGAUUACUGGUGAAAGUCGACUUGGAAUGUGGAACAAAGUAAUGUUCCGAUUACGAUGAAAGUCGACUUGGAAUGUGGAACGAAGCAUUGUCCUAUUACUGGUGAAAGUCGACUUGGAAUGUGGAACAAGGCAUUGUUGUGAUUGCUGGUGAAAGUGGACUUGAAAUGUUGUUAUUCCAAGCUGGAUAUUGGAUGCGCCAUAAGUAUAUCAUUCCAAAGGUUAGAACGGAGGGUUUUGGCCAAAAAAAAAAAUCGAUCAGCGCAAAUCGGAUUAAGUUUUGCUAUUACUUUAAGAUAUCCCAAGGAAUUAUCUUCCACAAAAUAUCAGCCUCUUCAGUGCACGUGUUAUCGUUGAAAUCCGUUCAUCAAGUUCCUAAAACUUAAAAAAGCGCGCCUCUUUGUAUUUCUUCAAGGGUUAGAAUCAUUUUAACACAAUAAAUAGUAGAGAUACCAACUGGUGUUUACUGAAGGGCAAUAAUGUGAGCUAAUCUUGGUAAAUGCAGAAAAUUUUAUUUGAUUAGCGAAUUUGUAUUUUUUGCCAUAAAAUUUCGGUAUAGCUUUUUUUAAACGUUGUUUGUAUCGUCAAGAUCAGAUGAGUUCUUUAUUCAGUUAUGCGGCGUAGAUUCCCAAUGGUGCCUUGGAGGAAUGUACAUGUAUAUAUUUGGUUGAGAUCUUCGUGUAAAUGACAGCGCGAAAGUAUUGAAGGAAGUAGACAAAUAUACUGUAUCCUUAGCCUCUGAAAGUAGCACUCCAUGUAGUGUAUUAAUACAUAUACUGUUAUCCUGGAAUAUAUUCUGAUUGUUAAUAUUA